AUGACGACCAAUGCAACUGAACAAGUUACUACCAGCUCAGCCACAUCGACACUUAUAUCUGCACUGAUUUUUAACACAGCAAUUACUGCUGCUGCAUUCAUUACUUUUGAUUUAAUAAGAAAGAGGAGUACUAAAAUUUUCGAACCAAAAACUUACUUGGUUCCCGAAAGAAAACGUGCGCCCCCAGUUCCUAGCGGGUUCUUAAAAUGGUUGAAGCCGGCCUUAAUGGCGUCUGAUGAAGAGCUCAUAUUACGAGCUGGGUUGGAUGGAUAUAUGUUUCUUCGUGUUAUUCGGUUUUUCAUGAUAUUGUUUGCUUCAUUCUCGAUAUUGGGUAUUGGUUUGAUUUUACCUUUGAAUUAUAUUAAUCAAUAUGAUAAACCUGGAUUGGAAAGUUUUACCAUUGGUAAUGUGAAGGAUAGAGAGAGACUAUAUGUUCAUGUGAUAACAUGUUACAUUUUUACCGCUGCUAUUCUUUAUACGAUGUAUCGUGAAUAUUACUUGUAUGUACGAUUACGUCACGAAUCUCUUACAACGCCAGAGCACCGUAUAUCCGCACGUGCGACCACCAUAUUGGUUGUUGGUAUUCCUGAACAACUUAAUAAUGAAGAAGAUCUAACAAACCUAUUUAGUGUGUUUCCUGGGGGUGUAAAAAGAGUUUGGAUUAAUAGAGAGCCAUCUAGACUAGUAGAUCUUACAGUUAAAAGAAUGAAUCUGAUUCAUAAACUUGAAUGUGCCGAAACAGAUUUUCUUUUAAAAUAUUUAAAAAAUCUUGCAAAGGAUGGUGAAUCAGAACAAGACGUAGAAGACGGAAACAAAGUUCCUGCAUCUCUGCGUCCAAUCCACAGAACAAUUCCUUUGAUCGGUAAAAAAGUGGAUUCUAUUGAGACGUAUCGCGAAGAGAUUCAAAAACUUAAUGGAGAAAUUAAUGAAUGGCGGCAAAAGAUAAAUUCUUUUAAGAAGCUAAAAUCUGCAUUUAUUCAGUUUAAUGAUUACGUUGGCGCUCAAUUGGCUGCAACUUUGACAAUCCCACGAUUAACAGAAAUAUCACGAGAAGACGUUAUUUGGGAAAACCUUAAUAUCCCGCGUAUACAAAGGGCAUUUAGAAAAGUAGUAAGCACCUCAGUUACGACAGCUUUAAUAAUUCUUUGGAUCAUACCUGUCUUAUUUGUUGCAUCGAUUAGCACACUUUCCCAGUUAGAAAAGGUAAUUCCCUUCUUAACUCCACUCGUAAACAAACUUCCUGCAGCAGCAAUUGGCAUCAUUCAAGGUAUCCUGCCCGCUAUUGGCUUGGCAAUUUUGAUGAUGAAUUUGCCCGUAAUUCUGAGAGCAUUGUCAAAAUUUGAAGGAUUUGUUAGACAUUCUGCUGUUUCUCUAAGUUUGCAAGAAAAAUAUUUCUUCUUUCUGCUUAUUAAUGUUUUACUGGUUACUACUUCCGCAAAUGGUGCAUUCCAAGCUCUUCCUGAAAUUAUUCGUAAUCCAACAAGCAUCGUAUCUAGUCUUGCUCAAAAUCUGCCAUUAGCGUCAACAUUUUUCCUUACUUAUGUUCUCCUUAGUUUAUCUGCUGCUGCAUUUGAAACAUUACAAAUUGGAACUUUGGCUAUGUAUUUAUUAAGUAAAAUUCUUCUUGUUAAAACUCCUCGUCAAAUUUUGCAACUUGAAACAUCUUUAACUUCUAAAGAUUGGGGUGUUACUUUUCCGCCACAUAUUUUGAUGGCCUCAAUCGGUCUUGUUUACUCUGUGAUUCAACCUCUGAUUUUGCCACUUGCAACGUUGCACUUUGCAUUAUUCUAUGUUGCAUAUCGGUACAAUUUUUUAUAUGUUUACGAACAAGUCCAAGAAACCAACGGUGUUUUAUUCUUACAUGCAAUGAAACAAUUUUAUUGGGGAAUAUUAAUUUUUCAAUUAACUAUGAUCGGUCUGAUGUUUCUUAAUGAAGCAUUCGUUGCUGGUGUACUUUCGGUAAUCUUAUUUGUCAUCACACUUGGCGUAAUUCUUGGUAUGAGAAAUCAUUUCAGUCAUAAUCCAAAAGCAGAAUUUUUACCUGUAGACUUGAUGGGUAUUAUCGACAUUAAAACGAGGAAAGUUAUUAUUGACACGGAACAUUUUACAAAGUCGAUUUCCACUGUUACAGAAGAAGUUGAUGAUGAAAAGGCAGAUCAUGAAUUCAUAGGGUCUACUAGCAAACAAGUUUCUGAGAAACCUACAGAGGUUUAUGACGAAGACACUGACCAAAAUGAAGUUCAUAUCAAGCAUGGAGAGUUAGAAAAAGAAAGUGCAAAUACAUAUAUACAUCCAGCUCUUAUAGUUAACAACCCUAUAGUUUGGAUACCAGAAGAUAGUGCAGAGGUGUAUAUAGAGGAAGUUAGAACAUGUCGAGAAAGUGGAUUAAAUGCAACAAGUCGAGGUGCGACAAUAAGUGAAAACUACAAAAUUAAAGUGGACAUUACAGAAGCUCCUAAUCUCAAGGAUGAACUUUAUGCGGAAAGUUCGGAUAUAAUGUUAAAAUAUACAGCAAAUGUGACUGAUUAA